AUGAGCGCAACAAUCGCAAAGAAUGCCAAAUCACAGCAUUGGGUCGUUAUAUAUCUUGUAAUACCUGCGAUAGCGUGGCACGAGCAUAAUCCUCUUGAGAUUAUUGAUUCAAUAGAAGCCUGCAUCGAAGGCGCUGUCAAGCAGUUCGAAGAAAAAGGCCACUCGGCGAGACAGAUCAAAGCCGUGGGACUCACGAAUCAACGAGAAACAACGGUUGUCUGGGACCACGUAACAGGAGAACCCCUUGCAAAUGCCAUUGUUUGGACAGAUACCAGAAACCAAGCCUUGGUCAGGAAAUUAAAAACUCGGCUUGGAUCUGAUCAACUGCAACGCCUUUGUGGUCUUCCAUUAUCAACGUAUCCUUCUGUUGGCAAGCUUUUGUGGUUGAUUGAAAACAAUCGUAGAGUUGCAGAUGCAUAUGCUCGUGGUCGUUUAGCGUUUGGAACUAUAGAUUCUUGGGUCAUUUACAAGCUUAAUGGCGGACCAAAGAAGAACGUAUUCGUCACUGAUCCCACGAAUGCAUCCCGUUCGAUGUUCAUGAACUUACAUACUCUCCAGUAUGAUGAGCAGCUUCUGGAUUUCUUCCGAUUUGAUAUGGAUAGAAUUCAUCUUCCUAAGAUUGUCCGCUCCUCGGACCGCGAAUCCUUUGGCACUCUUACAAAGGGAGUUUUAAAAGGAGUUCCAAUCACGGGUGUACUUGGCGAUCAAAGUGCAGCACUCGUGGGGCAGAAAGGUUUUACUCCAGGCAGAGCGAAAAGCACAUACGGAACAGGCUGCUUCCUACUCUACCAUGUUGGUAAUAAGCCUGUAAUCUCUACACAUGGGCUUUUGAGUACGGUCGCUUACGACUUUGACGGUAAACCACAAUAUGCUUUGGAAGGAAGUAUCGCCGUCGCAGGCUCCAGUAUUAAAUUCCUUCAAAACAACCUUGGCUUUAUCGAUUCUUCAGCUAAGGUCAGUCAGCUUGCCGAGACGGUAGAGGAUAACGGUGGUGUCACUUUCGUGACAGCAUUCAGUGGGUUAUUCGCUCCAUACUGGUACGACGACGCUCGUGGUACCAUUUUCGGUAUUACAGCGUAUACGCAAAAAGGUCAUAUCGCUCGCGCAACCUUGGAGGCAACGUGCUUCCAAACGAAAGCCAUCUUGGACGCGAUGGAAAAGGAUAGUGGAAAGAAACUUGCUGAACUCGCCGUCGAUGGUGGCAUGAGCAACUCUGAUCUCUGUAUGCAAGUAAGCUCCAUUGCCAAACCCCUUUUAUUUUGGAUGAUGUCUAAAAUGCUUCAGACUCAAGCCGAUCUUAUUUCGAUCCCGGUUGAACGACCAAGAAUGUUGGAGACAACAGCAUUAGGUGCCGCUAUCGCUGCAGGAUUCGCCGUUGGGAUCUGGAAAACUUUCAACGAACUGAAAAAUAUUAAUACUGUAGGUAAAACUGUGUUCCAUCCCAAAAUCACCCCGGAGGAGAGCAAGGAGAGGUUCUCGCGAUGGUCAAAGGCAGUCGAAAUGUGUAAGGGUUGGUUAUAA